CUUUCAUGGUUAGACCACCAUUGAUGCUUUAUCUAGUCAGGGGACAACAUAACCUCCGGUUCCAGUGCUAGUUUCACCAGAAAACCAUGCAGACACUCCAUUUUCCUAACAAGACAUACAGCAAGAUAUUGCACAUACCUUCCCUUGGCCUAGCUCUUGUGCUGCUGAUAUGCUUGGCCUCUCCUACCAGUUCCUGCACGGAGCAGGAGAAGGACUCCCUUCUCCAGUUUCUCGGCGGGCUCUCACAACACGGUGGCCUCGAUGCGUCCUGGCAGCAUGGCACGGCUUGCUGCCAGUGGGAAGGGAUCACCUGCAGCACAGAUGGGAUUGUUACGGAUAUCUUGCUGGCUUCUAGGAGUCUUCAGGGGCACAUCACACCUUCUCUUGGGAACCUCACUGGAUUGCUGCGCCUCAACCUGUCAAACAAUCUGCUAUCUGGUGGUGUACCACAGGAACUGGUAUCCUCCAGAAGCAUCCUCAUCGUAGACGUCAGCUUUAACCGUCUCAGAGGAGACCUACACGAGUUGUCAUCUACCCAUGCCCGGCCACUGAAGGUACUGAACAUCUCAAGCAAUUUGUUUACAGGACAGUUUCCGUCCUCAACAUGGCAGGUGAUGAAGAAUCUGGUUGCACUCAAUGCCAGCAACAACAGCUUUACUGGGCAGCUACCAACUCAUUUUUGUGCCAGCUCGCCAUCUUUGGCAGUGCUUGAACUCUGCUACAAUCAAUUCAGAGGGAGCAUUCCCCCUGAAUUUGGUAGCUGCUCCAUGCUCAGAGUGCUCAAGGUUGGCCACAACCGCCUCAGUGGGACUCUCCCAGAUGAACUUUUCAAUGCUACCUUGUUAGAAUAUGUCUCCUUCCCCGGGAACGGUUUACAAGGAACACUUGAAGGCUCACAUAUUGGGAAACUCAGUAAUCUGAGUACUCUUGAUCUUGGAGAGAACAGCAUCACUGGCAAGAUUCCAGAAUUUAUAGGUCAUCUAAAGAGAUUAGAGGAACUCCGUUUAAACAACAACCUCAUGUAUGGGGAGCUGCCAUCGACUCUGAACAACUGCACAAAUCUCAUAACCAUUGACUUCAAGAACAACAAUUUCAGUGGAGAACUCGCCAAGGUUAAUUUCUCCAACCUACCCUAUCUAAAAACUUUAGAUCUUAGGAACAACAGCUUCAGAGGCAAAAUUCCGGAAAGCAUCUACUCCUGCAGCAAUCUAACUGCACUUGGGCUAUCUUUCAAUAAUUUCCAUGGCCAGCUGUCAGAAAAAAUAGGCAACCUGAAGUACCUCUCAUUCCUAUCACUUGUUAAAAACAAUCUUACAAAUAUCACAAGUGCACUUCAUCUACUUAGGAGCUCCAAGAAUCUCACCACCCUUCUUAUUGGGCUCAACUUCAUGAAAGAGACCAUGCCAGAUGAUGACAGAAUUGCCGGUUUUGAGAAUCUUCAAGUUCUAGCAAUAGCAGGUUGCUCAUUGUUGGGAAAAAUACCCCAUUGGCUAUCAAAGCUAGAAAAGUUGGAGAUAUUAUUUUUACAAGACAAUCAGCUAACAGGGCAGAUACCUGACUGGGUCAGUAGCCUAAAAUUCCUCUUCUAUCUAGACAUAUCAAAUAACAGCAUGAUGGGGGAAAUCCCAACAACCUUAAUGCAGAUACCAAUGCUAAGAUCAGAUAAUACUGCAACCCAUUCGGACCUCAGAUUCUUUGAGUUACCAAUUUAUCUAGCUCUGUCACUUCAAUACCGCGUACCAAUGGCUUUCCCUAAAGUACUGGAUCUAAGUAGCAAUAAAUUUAGUGGUAAGAUACCCUUGGAGAUUGGUCAGUUGAGAGCCCUCUGUUCACUCAAUUUCAGCUUCAAUGACUUGACAGGACAAAUCCCACAAUCAUUAUCCAAUCUCACAAGCCUGCAGGUAUUAGACUUGUCGACCAACAACCUCACAGGUGGAAUCCCAACUGCAUUGAACAGCCUGCAUUUCCUGUCAGCAUUCAACAUUUCUAACAAUGACCUAGAAGGGCCUAUUCCAUCUGGAGGUCAGUUUAAUACAUUUCAGAACUCUAGUUUUGGUGGGAAUCCAAAGUUGUGUGGCUCUAUGCUAAUUCACAAAUGUGGUUCAGCUUCACCACCUCUGAUCCACUCAAAACUACGACAUAGGAAGGCCCUUUUUGCAAUCACAUUUGGAGUGUUCUUUGGAAGCAUUGCUGUUCUCUUGUUGCUGGGGCGUCUCCUUGUCUCGAUCAGAGUCAAUGGUUUUACCACCAAAAAUACAAGGGAGAAGAACAAUGGAGAUGCCGAAUCAACUUCAUUCAACUCCAGUUCAGAGCAAACAUUGGUAGUGAUGUCACGAGGCAAGGGAGAAGAAAGCAAGCUCAAAUUCACUGACAUUUUGAAAGCUACAAACAAUUUUGACAAGGAGAACAUCAUUGGUUGUGGAGGUUAUGGAUUAGUAUACAAGGCAGAGCUACCUGAUGGCUCCAAGCUGGCAAUCAAAAAGCUCAACAGUGAAAUGUGUCUUAUGGAAAGAGAGUUCAGUGCAGAGGUUGAUGCUCUUUCCAAUGCACAACAUGAAAAUAUUGUGCCGCUGUGGGGUUACUGCAUCCAGGGAAACUCAAAGCUCCUCAUAUAUUCCUACAUGGAAAACGGCAGCCUGGAUGAUUGGCUUCAUAACAGGGAUGACGAAGCUAGCUCAUGGCUUGACUGGCCAACUCGGCUGAAGAUCGCGCAAGGAGCAAGCCUUGGCCUUUCCCAUAUCCAUGAUGUCUGCAAGCCUCAGAUUGUCCACCGUGACAUCAAAUGCAGUAAUAUCUUACUGGACAAAGAAUUUAAAGCUUAUGUUGCAGAUUUUGGGCUAGCCAGAUUGAUCCUUCCCAACCAAACUCAUGUUACGACUGAGCUGGUCGGUACUAUGGGUUACAUUCCCCCUGAGUAUGGGCAAGCAUGGGUUGCUACGUUGAGAGGUGAUAUGUACAGUUUUGGAGUAGUCAUGCUUGAGCUGCUCACUGGAAUACGACCUGUCUCAAUCCUAUCAACGUCAAAAGAACUUGUCCCAUGGGUGCUGGAGAUGAGGUCUGAGGGGAAGCAGGUUGAGGUCCUGGAUCCAACACUUCGAGGCACAGGAUGUGAAGAUCAAAUGUUAAAGGUGCUUGAAGCUGCUUCCAAAUGUGUCGACCACAAUCAAUUCAUGAGGCCAACCAUCAUGGAAGUUGUCUCCUGCCUGGCCAGUAUAGAUGCUGACCCGCAGAUGCGAAAAUCAGCCAAGAUACAAUAAUGGAUAAUCUUGUAUUUUCGUGCAUGAUAUACAUGUAACUUUCCUAGUUUCGUAGAACUACGAGUUUGUUUGUACUUUGUAUAGAG